UUUAGGGCUUCUCCAAUGCUUUUUCAAAUAAUUGCGAUCCCUGUUUUUCCCCAGACGGAGAGGGCGAAAUCCUCAGGAGAUGGUUGGUUUAAUAUGAAAGCCCCCGAGAUCACACAGGAGCUGAAAGGGGACCUCCAAGUCCUGAAGAUGAGAGGCUCCAUGGAUCCCAAGAGGUUCUACAAGAAGAACGACAGAGAUGGCUUCCCCAAAUAUUUCCAGGUCGGCACGGUGAUGGACAACCCCGUCGACUUCUAUCACUCCCGCGUUCCCAAGAAGGCUCGGAAGAGGACGAUGGUGGAGGAGCUGCUGUCUGAUGCCGAGUUCAGACGCAACAACAAAAGGAAGUACCAGCACAUUGUGACGGAAAAAGCGGCACAAGGAGCCGGCAAGAGGAACAAGAAGACUAUUAAAUUCCAGAAGACGAGUAAAUUCCAGAAGAAGUAAAUCUGAAGACUUGAUGUGAUGAACACUGAGUGACUGAGUUCAUAAAUAUUGAUAUACUGAUAUUACCAGCAGGAGGUGGGUCAGUGUUGAUAAAUAUAAUCGGUGUUUGUACACACAGUUGUCUACAUGCUUAUAUUUACAACUGAAAAAUGUUUUUAAUCAAACAAAACUCAUUUUGCUGCACAGUAAUCAUAGUCUUCUAAAUAUGUGCAUCAUAUGAACAAUAACAUAUAAUUCUUUUGACGACUGGCACCAGUGUGUUCAACUAUUCCCCCCCCCCCAAAAAAAGAAUGCUUGUUGCAUGUCUUAUUACAAAUUCACAAUCAUUGAUGAGCAGAACAGACUGUUGCGUGGUGAUUUAAAUAAAUAUAUAUUGAGGUUGUAACCCUUCAAAAUAA